AUGUUCAACUGUCGCCUCAUGCAGAGCAGCAAAAGCAAGAAAAGCUCUUUCUUUAAUAAUCCCCUGCUUAGUAUCCCCUAUACGAACACCCGCGCCCUCACCAGCAGCAGCAGCAGCAGCAGCAGCAGCAGCAACAGCAGCAGCAGCAGUAGCAGAAUGAAAGACUGGUUUGCUUCUUGGCUGCCACAGCGAAUAACUCCUUUAACCCCAGAAGAAGUUAGGGAGGCCCUAACACGUCGGGUGUAUGUACACCGUAUGAUGCAAAUUGCUGCUGAAGCAAGCAGCAACAGCAGCAACAGCAGCACCAAGCAGCAAACUCAAACCAUCACACAAACAGCAAAUGUACUGCUCUCUUCUUCUGCUGCUGCAUCUACAGCCGCCCUACACACAGCGGAGGGGGCCCCUAAGAAGGCUCUUAAGGGGGCCCCGAAGGAGGCUCUUAAGGGGGCCCUUAAGGAGGCCCCUAAGGAGACUCUUAAGGGGGCCCUUAAGGGGGCCCCUAAGGAGACUCUUAAGGGGGCCCCUAAGGGGGCCUCUGAAGGAACUCCUAUUGGGGGGGCCCCCAAAGAAGGGGGCCCCCAUCAAUCCAAGGGCUUUGAAGGGGGCCCCCUUGAAAGGCCUUUAGAGGAAGGCCCCCCUUUAGGGGCCCCCUUUGGGGGCCCCCCGCCUGUGCCUGAGGGUUUGGGUUUAGCAAUAAGGAUUUCUGCUUUGCGUGCUGAGGUGUCUGGUGAGAUUUUAAAUGAAGUUUUAUUUAGACAGGUGUGGGGUUUAAUAAGGGAUUGGCUGAAGAUAAAGAAGGUCGGUGAAUUUCAAUUUCAAGCAGAACUUAAAAACUGCCAGGCUUACGCCUUUGGUCUGAUGGUAUCGCUGGACCAGGCAAUGACGGAGGGGGAAAUCUGCCCAGCCAGAAUCAAGGAGGCCCUUUGGGGGUGUUUUGUUUAG